GGGACAGGGGCUGGGGCUGGUCCUGGGGCUGGGGCUACGUGCAGUGGUUUGGCCUUUCUGCCAGAAGAGGGGAUGUCGGGGGCUUGGUGAGAUAGCCUGAAACCUACCUGCCCCGACCCCACAUUCUGGCCUGGGGCUGGGACCUGACGGGAGCCCGGGCCCCCAGCUGCCCGGGAGCCACCCCUUAGGCUGGCUCUCCCCACACCUCGCAGCCUGAACCUGUGGCAUCUGGGGUCUGGGGUGCCAUGGCCCAGGCCCUGGGGCAGGACCUGGUGCAGCCUUCCGAGCUGCAGGAUGACUCCAGCUCUUUGGGGUCCGACUCCGAGCUGAGUGGGCCCGGCCCGUAUCGCCAGGCUGACCGCUACGGCUUCAUUGGGGGCAGUUCAGCGGAGCUAGGCCCAGGUCAGCCCCCCGCAGACCUUAUCCGCCAACGGGAGAUGAAGUGGGUGGAGAUGACGUCACAUUGGGAGAAAACCAUGUCGCGGCGGUACAAGAAGGUAAAGAUGCAGUGCCGCAAAGGCAUCCCCUCGGCCCUGCGGGCCCGGUGCUGGCCCCUGCUGUGUGGGGCCCACGUGUGUCAGAAGAACAGCCCCGGCACCUAUCAGGAGCUGGCCUCGGCCCCCGGAGACCCCCAGUGGAUGGAGACCAUCGGCAGGGACCUGCACCGCCAGUUCCCCCUGCAUGAGAUGUUUGUGUCACCCCAAGGUCAUGGGCAGCAGGGGCUCCGGCAGGUUCUCAAGGCCUACACCCUGUAUCGGCCGGAACAGGGGUACUGCCAGGCCCAGGGUCCCGUGGCCGCCGUGCUGCUCAUGCACCUGCCCCCAGAGGUGAGUGACCUACACCUGCCCCGAGAGGCCUUUUGGUGCUUGGUGCAGAUCUGUGAGGUCUACCUCCCCGGCUACUAUGGGCCCCACAUGGAGGCGGUGCAGCUGGACGCCGAGGUGUUCGCGGCGCUGCUACGGCGGCUGCUCCCGCGCGUGCACAAGCACCUGCAGCAGGUGGGCGUCGGGCCCCUGCUCUACCUGCCCGAGUGGUUCCUGUGCCUCUUCGCCCGCUCCCUGCCCUUCCCCACGGUGCUGCGCGUCUGGGACGCCUUCCUCAGCGAGGGCGCGAAGGUGCUGUUCCGUGCGGGGCUGACGCUGGUGCGCCUGGCACUGGGCACCGCAGAACAGCGCCUGGCCUGCCCGGGGCUGCUGGAGACACUCGGCGCCCUUCGGACCAUCCCCCCCAGCCAGCUGCAGGAGGAGGUCUUCAUGUCCCAGGUGUUCGGCGUGGCCCUGUCCGAGCGGGACCUGCAGCGGGAGGUCCGGGCCCAGCUGGGGCAGCUGCCCGACCCGGCACCCGGGCCUGCCCCCCAGCCGCAGGACCGCCUUCCCGGGGCCCAGGCCAUCUUUGAGGCCCAGCAGCUGGCAGGGGCACAGGGAGGCGCCAGGCCUGGCCCUGAGGUACCCCUCAUCGUGGUGCAGCCCCCGGAGGAGCCCCAGCCGCCUCGGCGCAAGCCCCAGACCCGAGGCAAGACUUUCCACGGGAUCCUGACGCGGGCCCGUGGCCCCCCUAUCGAUGGGCCCCCCAGGCCGCAUCGAGCCUCCUCCUCCUUCCUGGACACCCGCUUCUGAGGGCACCACGGACUCAGUGCCCCCCAAAGAUUGACUGAACCGCACUUUAUCAUCAGCAUUUGGCUUCACCUCUCCUCCCUUCCCAUCAAGGG